CUUAUGGGUGAUAAUACGAAUAAUAAUAGUUUCUCCAUGAAAUUACUCAUUACAUUCAUUUUUGAACGCACUCAUGAAGCCCUACUGUCAAACUAAACUUGACACAAUCAGCAAAAAAUGCAAACCCUCCUCAAAAAAACCCUCGUCACCCUCCAAGUCCGUCUCGCCCACCGCUGGCACCCCGACACCGACUACUUCAAAUUCUUCAUGGGCCCAGUUUGCUACCCGGACGCCACCACUUCCACGUGGAAACGAAAACCGUGGGCCGGAGACGAAUUCCCGAAAGUCCACACGAAAAUGCGAAACGUGCGCAUCAAUUUCGGACCUGCGCAUCCCGCUGCGCACGGUUGCUUGAGGAUGAUCUUAUACCUGGAAGGCGAGAUUGUAAGACGUCUCGAUCCGCAUAUUGGGCUAUUGCAUCGAGGCACUGAAAAGUUGAUUGAGUAUAAAACUUAUGUACAAGCUGUGCCUUAUUUUGAUAGGUUGGAUUAUAUUUCGGUUUUGUGCAAUGAGCAUGCGUUUUGUUUGGCUGCAGAAAAGUUACUUAACAUUGAAAUUCCUCGUAGAGCAAAAUUCAUUCGAACUCUUUUUUCCGAGCUUACAAGACUCCUAAACCAUUUAGCAGGCACUGCAUUUUUAGCCCUUGACAUCGGAGCUAUAACUCCCUUAUUUUGGCUGUUUGAAGAAAGAGAAAAAAUUUACGAGCUAUGCGAACGUGUGUGCGGAAGCAGGAUGCACGGGGGCUAUUUUAGAAUAGGAGGAGUAUCUCAAGAUAUGCCUUUAGGCCUUAUGGACGAUAUUCAUCAACUGGUCAGUAUAUUGCCCGAACGUCUAGAUGAACUUGAAGAUUUGGUGACCACCAACCGGUUAUUUAUGCAUCGGAUUAAAAAUGUUGGAAUUGUUUCCGCACAUGAGGCUUUAAAUAGAGGCUUUUCUGGGCCCAUGCUUAGGGCUUCCGGUAUUAAGUGGGAUAUAAGAAAGGCGCAGCCUUAUGAAGUCUAUGACGAGCUUGAGUUUGAUGUACCAAUAGGCACUGCUGGAGAUGUUUAUGAUAGAUAUAAGUUAAGAGUAGAAGAAAUGAGGCAAUCUAUAAGAAUGAUUGAACAACUUUUGAACAAAAUGCCUUUAGGAGAUAUCAAAGUUGAUGAUAACCGAAUAAGUCCACCUAAAAGAGCUGAAAUGAAAUCAUCUAUGGAAGGCUUAAUUUGCCACUUUAAAGUUUUCUCAAGGGGCUUCAAUGUGCCUCCUGGAUCAACUUAUACAGCCAUUGAACAUCCAAAGGGCGAGUUUGGGGUUUAUUUGGUUUCAGACGGAAGUUCCAAGCCUUACAGGUGCAAAAUCCGCGCUCCAGGUUUUAUACAUUUAAGCGGUAUGAGUUACAUGGCUAAAAACCACUUAUUAAGUGACGUUGUUGCCAUUUUGGCCAGUAUAGAUGUGGUUUUUGGUGAUGUUGAUAGAUAAGGUUUUCUGUUAAUAAAUUUGUUCUUACCCCCUGAUGGUUGCUGUUGAUGGAUCUUGGUACUUUUGAGGCUACGUUUACUUCUUCUGCUUUGACAAAGUCUUGUAGAUUAAAGGCUGUUGUAAACGAUGCCAAUAGGGCCAGGUAAAUUGCAUUUGGUAGCUGGAAAUCAAAAUCAAAGUGAAACCAGGAUAUUGGUGAUUGUGAUUUAUUCAAUUUAAAAAUACAUAUAUUAAUUUUGAUUUUCUCUUUUUUUUUUUAAUCUUUCCGCAUUAUGAUGUAUGUAACAAUUGUA